UUGUAAAAGCCGGUCCAAUUUUUAUUGAAUAAGCCAAUCUUUAUAUAAUGCAGGAAGAUGGAUGGGUUGUUUGUAGAGUGUUCAAGAAGAAAAAUCUAUUCAAAGUAGGGAAUGAUGUUAGCUCAAGCAUUAACAACAAUAGGCUUGAAGCUCGAAGUUUCAUACGUAGAGAAAGCUCUUACCAAGGAAUCUCAAUGUUUGAGCUUAACAAGCCUGAAGAGAUAAGUGUUCAUCAAUACCCUCAACCACCACCAAUGUUUCAGCCUCAUCACAAGCCUCUUUCAAUUGGCUAUGACUAUUCCUUGGCUCUUCUUCCAAGGGAAAGCGAGUACCAGCAAGCGUGUGAGCCAUCAGGGGUUGAGGUUGGCACGUGCAAAACUGUUGGUGAAUGGGGAAUGGUGAAUUGUCAAAUGGGGAUUCAUGAGGACUCGUCUAAAGCCAUGAGGUUUGAAGAUGAAGGCAACAACAAUCCGUCGGCGCUGCAGCCACCUUCGAAUCUACUUUCUUUGCGCGGUGAAAAUGGAUUUCUCGGGUUAUUUUAAAUAGAUGAUGAUAAUGUUAUAUAUAUAUAUAUAUAUAUAUGCAUCUCUUCGUAAGUUUGUAUGCUUGUUCUUUGAUUACAUGUAUCCAUUUAUUUCUUUCUGUAAUUGGAAGCAAAUUGCUUCACUGAUAAAAAGUUAAUAAGAAUCAUACGUUUAA